AUGAAGAAGAUUUCUUCGUCAGCCAUACUCCUCUCCAAAUCUGAAACUAAUGAAGAAAUCUAUGGCCAUGGCCGAUCCUCUUCUUCUCUCGACAACACGAGAAAAUUACAGGACAUUGUCAAGCAACGCUGCCGGCCAACUAGUCACCUUGAGAUCGGAGAGGCGCUGGGUGUGUUCGAUCAAGUGCUCGAUUCGAAUCCCAAGCCACCGGUUUCCUCAUUCAAUAGCCUGCUCAUUUCGGUCCUCGGAACAAUCAAGAAGACCCACCAUCAAAAUCCAAAUCUAAUCAUCUCGUUGUUCAACAAGAUGAACUGGGUCGGAGGCAUUUCACCUGAUGACCACACCUGCAGCAUCUUGAUCGACUGUUGCAGCGGCAUGAAGCGUGUGGGUCUUGGUUAUGGAUUCUUUUGCUCUAUGAUUAAACGAGGCUGGACCGUUGAUGUUGUAGCUCUCAACUCCCUUAUCAACGGCCUCUGUAAACGAAACAAGGUUGACGAUGAGGCCAAGCUGCUCGAUAAAAUGCCUCAGUGGGGAUGCAAGCCUGAUGUGGUCACUUAUAAUACUAUUAUCAAAGGGCUGUGUAGUCUCGGAGCUCAGCAGUUGAGUUCCUUACGAAGGUGA